AUGGGUGAACUCUCCGAAAUACUCUUUUAUAAGGGGAAAACCAUCUUUAUAACCGGAGGCACCGGUUUGAUGGGAAAAGUCCUCGUUGAGAAGUUACUUUACAGUUGUAGUAAUUUAAAUAAGAUUUACCUUUUGGCACGAGCGAAAAGAGGUAAUUCUCCCGAAGCUCGUAUCACCGAGAUGUUUAAAUUACCCCUGUUUCAAAGAAUACGAAAACAAAAGCCAGAAAUGAUGAAGAAAGUGAUACCAUUGAACGGUGACGUUACCACGGAUAAUUUAGGACUGACCAACGAGCAACUAAAAAUGUUAAUCAACGAAGUUGACAUAGUGUUUCAUUGCGCGGCAACGCUCAGGCUAGAGUCCAAGUUGAAGGAAGCUAUUGAAAUGAACACUGUUGGAACGAAACGGAUGUUAGAUCUUGCGAAAAGGCUGAAGAAUCUGAAGGCUUUCGUUCAUUUGAGCACUGCUUUCUGUUACGCCGAUAAAGAGGAGCUGGACGAGCGAGUUUACGAUCCGUCGGAAGAUCCACACGACAUUAUGCGAAUGGUUCAAUGGCUAGAUGAAACUUCCAUCGAUCAGAUCACGCCCAAAUUACUGAAGCUUCAUCCAAACACUUACACCUAUUCGAAAAGAUUGGCGGAAAAGCUGGUGGCGGAAGAGUAUCCUAAUUUACCGUGCUGCAUUGCCAGGCCAUCGAUCGUAACCCCAGCUUGGAGAGAGCCGGUUGCAGGAUGGGUGGAUAACCUGAACGGACCCGUGGGACUGAUGGUGGGCGCAGGAAAGGGUGUCAUAAGGUCGAUGCACUGCAUCGAAACCUACCACGCCGAAGUGAUACCAGUCGACUUUGCUAUUAACGCUUUAAUCGCGAUCUCUCAUAAAACGGCUACCGAUGAAAAAACGAAGGACAUACAGGUAUACAAUAUCACCCAGAAUCGUAUCAUGCCUGUCACUUGGGGCGAGAUAUUGGACAAAGGUAAAAAAAUCGCUUACGAGUAUCCGUUCGAGGGUCAGGUUUGGUAUCCAGAUGGUAGCAUACACAGCAACAAAUUCGUACACGAUCUCAUCGUAUUCUUCUUUCAUAUUAUACCAGCUUAUUUGAUUGAUUUUCUUAUGUUGAUAUUCCGACAAAAGAGAUUCAUGGUUCGACUACAGAAUCGUAUAUCGACCGGACUGGAGGUUUUGCAAUACUUCACCACCAGGGAAUGGAUCUUCCAUAAUACAAAUUUAUUAGUGAUGGCCGCCGAGAUGAGUCGAAAGGACAAAGAAAUUUUUCCAAUCAACUUCCUGGCCAUCGACGAGGUGGAGUACAUGAAGAGUUGUAUUUUGGGCGCAAGACAAUAUUGCAUGAAGGAAGAUUUGUCCACUUUGCCGAAAGCUCGUAGACAUCAAGCAGUGAUGUACGUUGUUCAUCUGAUCGCCCUCUAUCUAUUCUAUUUUGGGAUGUCCUGUUUGAUUUAUAAGAAUUUCGAGAUCGUAAGAAUAUGCGUAGAUUCUGUGAUGGACCAGAUGAAAUCAUUGCCUAUUUUAGCCGGGGUUGUUAAAAUAAUUCAUCGCUAACGAGGUCGUGCUCUGGAAUGUUGUAUCGUAGAAAUGUAAUGUAAAUAGGGUAUUUAAUAUUCAGUAAACGUUUACGAGGAUAUUAAAAAAAUGGAAUUUUAUUUUUCGACAAUUUUGGUGGACAUACUCAGUUUCCGGAAGCUUUGGCUUCGGAGUAUGUAGGUAGUUAAGGUUUUGUAUAUUUUUGCCUCUCAAAUGGAAACAUGUACGUAUACGAAUAAUUUUAUAAAAAUACAAUUUUUUAAGUUGA